AUGCUCGUCGUCGCGCUGGCCGUCGCCGCCGGCAGUGCCAAGCCGAAGAAGCGGCCGGCGCCGCCGCCGCCGGACGACGCGUCGCUCAAGCACGACGGCCCGCUCUACGACGCCGGCGCCGUCGGCGCCGUCGCCGGCGGCAAGUACCCGCUGCCGCCGCCCGUGCUCAACGGCAGCGCCGUCGACGCCGCGCGCGAGCUGGCGGCGCGCAACCGGGCGGCGCUCGCCGCGAUCCUCGCGCGCCUCGCGGGCGGCGACGAGGCGCGGCUCUGCGCCGGCCCCUUCCCGGAGAAGCGGGCGACGGAGCUGCAGUGGCUGCACGUCCCAAAGUGCGGCAGCACCUUCGCGACGACCUUCGUCAAGUACGGCUGCGACGCCCUCGCGAAGCGGCCCGACGUCUACCUCGGCGCGCCGCCGCCGCCGGACCUCGCGAAGCCCGACGGCCGGACCAUGGGCACGACGGCGCUCGCGCGCAUGGCCGGCGCGCUGUGCGGCGACGACCACCGCUUCGGCCUGCUGCACAACGACGGCGUCGUGGCCUCGCUGACGCACUUCGCGGCCCACUACCCCAUCCAGAACCCGAAGCACGACCCCCGCGUGGCCGUCGUGCUCCGGAGCCCGAACCAGCGGACGCUGUCCGCGUACCACUUCGGCCGGCAUUUCUGGGGCAGCGAGAUGAAGAACCGCGAGGGCACCAUCGGCAGCCGCCACUUCAUCCGCUGGCGGUCCUUCAUCAGCGCGGCCAUGGCCGGGCCCCGGGACUACGCGGCCAUGCCGGGCCUCCAGGGCUGCUUCACGAAGAUGCUCCACGGCUGCUACUGCGCGACGCGGCCCAAGGAGGUCCCGCCGGAUUUGCGGCGGACCUACGCCGGCGACGCGUCCCAGGUCGCCUGCCCCUGGCAGUGGAAGACCUUGGACGUGGCGCUCGCGCGCGCCGCGGCCGCGCGGCUCCGGCGCUUCGCGUUCGUCGGCUUGCAGGAGGCGUACAACGCGUCCGUGUGCCUCUUCCACAAGCGCCACGGCGGCGACGUCGACCCGGCGGAGUUCGGCCUCUUCAACGUCGGCUACGCCCAGCGCGACAAGCAGCACCACCUCAGCAAGGCGCAGCAGGCGGGCCUCCAGCGCGAGAAGUACGGCCUCAGCUCGCUCCGCGCGAAGCCGUCCUGGGACGAGGCGCCCCUCGGGGACUACGUCGACGCCAUCGACGAGCUCGUCUGGGCCGCGGCGCUGGAGCGCUUCGAAGCCGACGUCGACGCCGUGCUAGGCGGGGAUUAAAGGCGGCGCGGACCGC